AAAGCGAAUUCAUAUAUAGAUUCGCUUUGAUUCUCUUUAUCCGCGGAAAUUUUUUUUGAUACGAAUGUAAGGAACGUGCGUAUGGCAUUGCAGUAGGUGGAUACAAAGAAAACUCAAUAGGAAAAUCGAUUAUAUUUCCACAUAAAACGCAAUAACAUUUUCUCAACAACCUGCGGGUAAACUUAUGAAAGCCAGUUAAAGUCCAAACGUUCCAAGUGUUUUAUUUUUAUAGCUUUGUAAGCAGACCUGAUAUCGCCGAUGAUAGUGCCGAUCGAAUUGGAAAAUCGAUUUAGUAUUUUAAUUUGAGAAAGUCGUGGUCAAAUAUUAUACCUAUAAAAGUAACAAUAAAACAUCUUCCCAAGACGAAUAUUCCAUUAUUUUACAAAUACCAGUUAGCGACGUAGAGGUACGUCGCGUAAAAAACAGCAAAAGUGGAUUCCGUAAAGAUUGAAGAUUUGAUGGAUUCUGAUCCUGACAUCGAAAUCAUCGAAAAGGAUAGCGGAAUGUCUUCGUUGGGCGGAAGCAAGGACGAAACACCAGAACGGCGAGCAGUAGAGAAAUUUGCUGCAUCCAAGAGUGGGGAUGAUGAAAACUAUGAUGAUGAACCAGAUGAGACCUUGGGAGAGCGGCUUUGGGGUCUCACAGAAAUGUUCCCUGAGCCAGUUCGUCGAUUUACUGGAAAAGUUGUAGAUCUUACUACCACCAGCAUUAAGGGUCUUUACUCGUUCUCAUGUAAUGCUUCCUGGAUCUUCUUCACGAGUUCUGUUAUUCUCUUUGCGCCUGUUAUUUUUGAAACGGAACGAGCACAAAUGGAAGAGAUGCAAAAAUCACAACAAAAACAAGUACUACUCGGUCCAGGUACGGCGAUGGAUCGCGCCGGUCCGCCACCAACGUUACCACUCAUUCGAUAAGUUCGUACAAAUUAAACAUAAAUUUGUAAGAAUAGAAAGAAGCCCGCAAUUCUACCUAAAUACCCACUUUAAAAUAAACCAAUAAAUGCCAUUCAGGCAAAAGGAAAAUUCCUGUAACGCGUUCAUCGUUUAUUGAUAAACAAAAAUGCAAUUUUCUUGUAGAUGUAAAAUAAAACUAAUUACUAUUGAAAAUA